AUGAACCUGAAAUGCUCCAGUCACCUUGUCGCUAGUCCUUUUGCCAAGAAUAUUGCCUUACCUCGCCGGCCACGCUGCCAUUGCAUGGUGGAGGCGCACUCAGAGGAGUUGCUUUUCACCCCCCGUCUAAGCAGGCUCUAG